AUGAUUGUGGAUGUUGUUGACAGCGACCGCCUGGGAGUGGAGUUGCAGCAGGGCCACGGCUUCAUGAUGAAGCAUUGCGGCACGAAGAUCAGGGGCAGGCGCACCACCGGCUGGUGGAGGAUCAGGGGCCCCGUAGGUGCAGCAGCGGCCUCAGCGGCAGCGCAGGCCUGGGCGGCGCGAUCUAGGGCAUCGCGGGCGCGCUGGGCGGCCGCAUCGCGCUCUUCGGCGGCAGCGGCGGCCUCUGCAUGCCUCGGCCUCCUGGGCGCGGGCAAGAGUAGCGUCGCGCGCGGCCAGGCGCUCACGCUCCGCGCGUUGGGCCUCGAUGGCGACGGCGGCGUUGGCCAAGUCAGCGGCCUGGCGCUUGGCAAUUGCUUCCGCCUGAAUCUGGGAGGUAACAGAGGAGUUGGCAUCUGCGGCCUUGGGGGAGGGUGGAGGCGUCGCUAUGGGGAGAAGGCGCACGCGCGAGGGGUAAAAGGUGCGCAACACGGCGAGAGUCGGCGCGCGGGCAGCGGAAGAACAGGUCCUUGA